GAUCUGCUCCGGCCCCCGCCGGGGCACUGGUAGUGCGCUGCGGGCACGGGAGCCUGGCACCGGCCUCCACCGCCCUCCGAGCCCGGCAGCAUCGCCCGCGCCCCCUUUCCUCCCGCGCCCCAACUCGCCAGCACCCCGAGAGAGCGGGCCGAGGGUGGCCCGGGCCGAGCCCCGCCGAGAUGUCCGCGCAAAGCCUGCUCCACAGCGUCUUCUCCUGCUCCUCGCCCGCCUCGGGCUCCCCCUCAGCCCCCGGCUUCUCCAAGAGGAGGCUGCGCCAGACCCGCAGCCUGGACCCGGCCCUGAUCGGCGGCUCCGGGGGCGACGGGGGCGCGGAGGGCGGCUCGGCGGGGGCCCCGGGGGCCCGGCUCUGCUCCCCGCUGCCCCUGGCCGAGGGCCUCGGGGGUCGCUCGGCGUCCUCUCCGCGGGGCCCCCACGCCCGGGCCCACCGGCUCCCAUCGCCUCGACCCCUGUGCGCCUCCCUCUCCACGCCGAGCACCCCGCAGGAGAAGUCGCCCUCGGGCAGCUUCCACUUUGACUAUGAGCUGCCCCUGGGCCGCGGCGGCCUCAAGAAAAGCAUGACCUGGGACCUGCCGUCGGUCCUGGCCGGGCCGGGCGGCGGCCGGAGCACCAUCCUCUGCUCCUCCGGCGGCGGGGGCUCCAGCAGCAUCUUCGCUUCUCCCAAGAGGUGGCUCCAGCAGAGGAGGCUGCAGUCCCCACCCCACAGCCACGGCCACCCGUACGUCGUGUGGAAGUCCGAGGGUGACUUCACCUGGAACAGCAUGUCGGGCCGCAGCGUUCGGCUACGGUCAGUUCCCAUCCAGAGCCUCUCCGAGCUGGAGCGAGCCAGGUUGCAGGAAGUAGCUUUUUAUCAGUUGCAGCAGGACUGUGACCUGAGCUGUCAGAUCACCAUUCCCAAAGAUGGACAAAAGAGGAAGAAAUCUUUGAGAAAGAAACUGGAUUCACUAGGGAAGGAGAAAAACAAAGACAGAGGCGCAGUGAGAACCUGGCAGUGUUCUACAAGGCUGCGCAGGGAGCUGACUUGGGGAGAAAUAAAACAGGUCCUGAUGCUUCCAAAGGAAAGACACAUCACCCAUCCAACUAAGGGGAGAAAAACAAAGCUUCAUGGGGAAAAAAAUGAAUUCAUCCCGCAGGCAUUUGGAAUGCCCUUGUCCCAAGUCAUUGCAAAUGACCGGGCCUACAAGCUCAAGCAGGACUUACAGAGGGACGAGCAAAAGGAUGCAUCCGAUUUUGUUGCCUCCCUCCUCCCAUUUGGAAGUAAAAGACAAAACAAAGAACUGUCGAGCAGUAACUCAUCUCUCAGCUCCACCUCGGAAACACCAAAUGAGUCGACGUCGCCAAACACCCCGGAACCAGCUCCUCGGGCCAGGAGGAGGGGUGCCAUGUCAGUGGACUCCAUUACAGAUCUUGAUGACAAUCAGUCUCGACUUCUGGAAGCUUUACAGCUCUCCUUGCCUGCGGAAGCCCAAAGUAAAAAAGAAAAAGCAAGAGAUAAGAAACUCAGUCUGAACCCUAUUUACAGGCAGGUUCCCAGGCUGGUGGACAGCUGCUGUCAACAUCUAGAAAAACAUGGUCUCCAGACAGUGGGGAUCUUUCGAGUCGGAAGCUCCAAAAAGAGGGUGAGACAAUUACGCGAGGAAUUUGACCGUGGGAUUGAUGUCUCUCUGGAGGAAGAGCACAGUGUGCAUGAUGUGGCUGCCUUACUGAAGGAGUUCCUGAGGGACAUGCCAGACCCCCUUCUCACCAGGGAGCUGUACACCGCUUUCAUCAAUACUCUCCUGUUGGAGCCAGAGGAACAACUGGGCACCUUGCAACUCCUCAUCUACCUUUUACCUCCCUGCAACUGCGACACCCUCCAUCGCCUCCUCCAGUUCCUCUCCAUUGUGGCCAGGCACGCCAACGACAACGUCAGCAAAGAUGGGCAAGAGGUCACGGGGAACAAGAUGACAUCUCUAAACUUGGCCACCAUAUUUGGACCCAACCUUCUGCACAAGCAGAAGUCAUCAGACAAAGAAUUCUCCGUCCAGAGUUCGGCCCGGGCUGAGGAAAGCACAGCCAUCAUCGCUGUGGUGCAGAAAAUGAUUGAAAAUUAUGAAACCCUGUUUAUGGUUCCCCCGGAUCUGCAGAACGAGGUGCUGGUCAGCCUGCUGCAGACCGACCCGGACGUGGUGGACUAUUUGCUCAGAAGAAAGGCCUCCCAGUCCUCAAGCCCUGACGACAUGCUGCGGUCGGAAGUUUCCUUUUCGAUGGGAGGCAGGCACUCAUCCACAGACUCCAACAAGGCCUCCAGCGGAGACCUGUCCCCUUAUGACAACAACUCCCCCGUGCUGUCCGAGCGCUCCCUGCUGGCUAUGCAAGAGAACACGGCCCCGGGGGGCUCGGAGAAGCUGUACAGAGGACCAGAGCAGUACAUGCUGGUGGGCCACCUUCCAUCAUUGAAGUCAAGGGAGAGUUCUCCUGGACCACGGCUUGGAAAAGAUAUGUCUGAGGAACCUUUCAAUAUCUGGGGAACUUGGCAUUCAACAUUGAAGAGUGGAUCCAAAGACCCAGGAAUGACAGGUUCCUAUGGAGACAUUUUUGAAAGCAGCUCCCUCCGACCUGGGCCGUGCUCCCUUUCUCAAGGGAACCUGUCCUCACAUUGGCCCCGGUGGCAGGGGAGCCCCACAGAACUGGACAGUGGCCCGCAGGCCAUCCGAAGGACUCAGACCACGGCCACCAUCCCGGAGUGCCGGGCCCACCCUCCCGUAUCCCGUGUGUGCAGCACGCCCCACAUCCAGGGCGGCGGCAGGAGGUGGGAGCUGGCCACGCCCAUAUCGGAGCUGGCCACGCCCAUAUCGGAGCUGGCCACGCCCAGGUUUGAGCUGGCCACGCCCAGGCUGGAGCUGGCCACGCCCAGGCUGGAGCUGGCCACGCCCAGGCCGGAGCUGGCCACGCCCAGGUCGGAGCAGUAUUUGACUCUGAGCAGCAUGGAAGACCUCGCCGAGAGCGACCUGAACGUGGCCUGGCUGCCGAGCCGCGCCAAGCCUUUGCACCAGAGACCUCGGGAGAGGGCGAGGCCCGACUGCAGGCCGCCGCCUCCUUAUCCCGGGCCCGGGAAGCAAGCGGCGGCCCACCAGCCCGCAGAGCCCCCCCUGUGGAGGCGCCAGAGGCCAGAAGAAGCUUCAGGAUCGCCCUGGGAGGAGGGAAGCCCAGCAGCCCAGCCCAAACUGAGCAGCGCCUGCUCCGGUCCCGCCAGCGAUCAGAACAGUAAGGGCCUGGGGGAACCCAGCUGGCUCGAUUGGCAGAGAGAUCGGUGCCAGAUCUGGGAGCUCUUGUCCGCAGACAACCCCGAUGCCCUCCCGGAAACACUGGUAUGAGCCCACACCCAGCUUCGGUCCUCACGCCCCAACAGCCUUCUUCCACUCCGGAAGGAAAAGAGUUGGUGUUGGUCAAUUGGACAUUUCCUUACUUUUUCUUUUUUUACACUUCAAAAAAAAAAUAACACAAGGGAAACCCAGUUCACUUAAAGAUAGAGAGCACUAACACCCUCACCAUUUAUAAUAAGAUUCUAUUGCAUAGCCAGCCUUAGGGAAAUACAAAAUCAUAAACGGAUGGCAGUCUCUAAUAUAUAAACUGCUCACAUUGGCUCUAAGAUAAAACUCUUGCUUUGGUAUAGCUUCAUUGUAUUUAUGUGUCUUCAGUUUUGACUAUUGUAUAUUCUGUAACGGAUUAUGUAUGAUAAUCAUAUAUGAUAUAUUCACAGAAAACAAAAGGAACAUUUUUUAAAUCACUUCACUUAUACUAAGCAAGGAGAUUCUAUAGAAUGUUCUAGAAUAUGCACAAGCGGGUUUCUGUGCUUUUGCCAUAGCUUUUAAAGAGGGACAGUCCUUCCUUCAAUGCCUAAGAGAAACACUAACAAAACAAAGUAAAAGAGAGUAUGAGAAGCCAUAUUUUUAUAUAGUAGAGAGAUACAAAAAAUAUAGUCACUGAAUGAUUUUUCAUAUGGAAUAUAUUUUAAGGAAAUAUUAGAUUUGAUAUGUUAUGGAAUAUAUUUUUGGAAUCUGUUUAGAAAGGAUUCAGUUUAUCAAACAGGAGAAAGGCCGUGCCUAACAAAGAAAGAAUAAUUAAGAAAUCAUCCUUCCCAUUUUAGGUCAAAUUCAAUUUCAUAUAGACCACAUAUAAUAUAUAUUUAUAAUGUGUAACGUUUAUGUAUUUUUCAAAACUACAAACUGGAAUCUGACUAUAAAGUGAUUAGAGUAUUCAAAUUAGAGAACAUGGUUUUUCCUUUUGCCCCAUAAUCAGUAUUAACCAAAUUAUAUGCAAUGCUUUAAAAGUAAAUAAUAUUGGGAAAAAGACUACAGCUUUGUAUUUACAUUGUACCAAAGGCUGAGGAAAUGUUUUCUUCAGUAAUUUUGUGUGUAUUGUAAAAUGCUCCUUCCGUACUUCAUUCUGUGUAGUACCUUUGAAGUUUUUCAACUGCAAAACUAUUUUUGACCAGCAGGUGGCGAUUCACUUCAGUAUUUUAUGAGAUUUUUUUCACUUCAUAAUGUGUAUCAUAGAAAAAUGAUUUUUUUUUUUAUAAAACAUGCUACUCUUAACUUUCAUGUUGCCAAUGACAUUUUCAGUGGUGUUUGUUAAAAUUCUGUCUUGUGCCAUGAGUAAUAAAAAGUUAAGUGAA